AUGAUAUUUGUUCCUCAUGUAGAGCCUGAUUCCUCUAAUUCAGAUGAUGAUAUUGACUCCGACCCUAACUGCUAUCAGUAUGAAUCUGAAGAUUUACACAGUCCAAUGUCAUCCGAUUGUGAGGAUGAUUAUGAUAGUGAACAAGGUGUGUGGCCUCAGGAAAAUCCAACAGCACCAUUUGGCCAAGUUUAUCUGGAGCUUGGGAUGGAGUUUGCUACCAUGGAUGAGUUUAAGAGAUCCGUGAGGAAGUACAAUAUUCAAAUAGGAAGAAGCAUCAAGUUCAACAGGGUUGAGCCUACCAAAUGUAAGGCGAUUUGUUGGGAUGAGAAUUGUCCCUGGAACAUUUACUGCUCUAGGUCAAACGAGCCGAGGAGUUAUCAGGUGAAGACAUUUGUGGAUCAGCACGUCUGUGCUAGAAGACAUAAUAAUAAAUCUGCAGAUAGGGUGUGGGUUACUGAGAUGCUAGAAGAAAAAAUUAGAGACCAAAGGGAAAUCACUUGUGCGGAGGCCGAAACUUGGUUUAAAAAAGAGUUUAAUGUAGCAAUUAAUUAUAAGAAGAUCCAAAGAGCCAUGAAAAAGGCAAGGGAAAAUAUAGAAGGAUCGGAGAGAGAACAAUAUGCUGAGUUGAGAGACUAUCUUAACCAAAUACUACUGUCAAAUCCAGGCUCAACAGUGCACUUGGAUACCACCCCAAUGCCUGACUCGUUGCCCUUGUUCAAGAGAGUCUACAUUUCUUUUGAGGCAUGUAAGAAGGAUUUUGUCUUAGGGUGUAGACCUUUCAUUGGCCUUGAUGGCACAUUCUUAUAA